GGGCAGCGGAGCACCGAGCCGACCCGCUGGGACCGGCACGGCCACGGCGACCGCCAGCGCCCGCCCGGGGGAGCAGGCGAAGGGGGCCGCCGCGCGGGCGAGCCGGCUGGGCGGGGCGCACGGUCCAGGUCCCGCUCGCGGCAUGCUGGGCACCGCGCCGGAGCGCCCACGCCGCCGCGGCCGCCGUCCCCUGUCCGCCUCCGGGAGGGCUCAGGUGCAGGCUCGGCCCGCGCCGCGCCAGCGCCGCGGGCGCGGACGCAGCAGCCGGCGCCCGCGGCGUCCCCCAGGGAAGACGCUGGCCAGCAGUGGCGCAGGCCGCGGCCACAGCACGCGGCGGCGGCCGGAGAGGAUGACGCCCAGCAGUGGCGCAGGCCGCGGCCACACGCAGCCCCAGCGGGGGACGCGGAGGCCCAGGAGUGCAAAAGCUCAUCGCUUCUGCAGGCCAGGGUGGCUUGGUGAGGUCCACUUGACGGUCCUCCGACCUCUCGGCCCUCACAGGUCCCCCGAGGCCAUCAACCAAGCCCCCCCUCCCCACACGUUCUCCCAGGCACCCCGAGGCUCCCCAGUGCC